GGGCUGCUUUUGUUUUGCUGAGUCUAGGGUCUUGUGGAAGUUUUGGGAGAAUGAGUGCGGGGCGAGCUUCUGAAGGGGCAGGCUGUAUUUCUUUAUGGGGGUUCAGUCCGUCCCGUAACCUCCUGACAACAGGCCCUGAACAAAAUGCAAAAAAGGCCAACAUUCUGCUGGUGGGCAGUGGAGAUCCUCGCCAUGUUCUCAAAACUAUAGCUGGAUUGCCAAACAAACACAAUCUUCAUGUGUGGGUGAUUGAAAACAACAUAGAGGUAAUAGCCAGACAGAUGCUGAUGCUGUAUCUUGCUCUAAUGCCCCAGGGCAGCAUGGGAUUUAGUGAGAAGACUGAAGUUUUCCUUGAGAUUUAUGGAAACAGUGAAAUCUGCAACCACACAGCAGAGAUGCUCAGACAUGCAGCAUCGCAUCUUAUUGUGUCAGUUACAGAAACAAUGGAGGAAGCUACACAUCCCUGUUUGGAUACUUCACUUCUCAAGUUCAAAGAGAGAGAUGAGCUGGCAAGGAUAUUUAAACAGUGGACACAGCAGGAAUAUUCUGUAUCGGGACGUCCUACUCCCAUUGUGAUGUCUAAAGCCUGGGAUUAUCGAGUUCGCCAGCACCUUGGGACCCGCUAUGACUCCAGGACAGGUUGCUUUGACUGGGACCUCAUCAUGAAGCUACAUGAAAAAGGGGGUCGUCUAAUCCAUAAACAUCAAUAUUCUCAAUGGCGUGCAGGAGGCGUGGCGUUUGAACUGAGAGAAGGUGUCUACCAAACUUUAAAUCCAACUUUUCUGUCCUCAAGAGUUUUCAGUCAGAAAGGGUCAAAGGUUGCUGUGACGGGCUACUGGGGUGACAUCGUAUCCAGCCCUUACCUCUCAUUUGGCAUUGAGACUGAUGAUAAAAGUCUUUUGAAGACACAGAAUGGACAACAUAUCAAAACAGCACAAGACGUCUCUGUUGCUAAUAUCCAGGCAUUGUUCCAGUCCAUGUAUAAUAGACAGGAAAGGCCCAGUACACCAGAUGAAGAAAAACAAAUGCCAUCCACUGACAAUGACUCAAAAUGUGUCUCUGUCAAUGAUUUGCUGCAUCUUGAUGGCAUCUCUGUGACCUUCCUGCCCAUGGAUGCACUGACAAAAAUGCCACAAAAAGAGAAAUAUUCAAAUCUUUUUAAUGUAAUUUUCUUUUCGGUUGGCUGCGUACACCAGUUGAGCCCAGCACUGAGACAGAUUGCAGCACCAGACGCUGUGCUUGUCGUGGAGUUGGCCAAGUUUAUCCUGGAUCUGAACAAAGAACAAGAAAGAGGUUUUACAAGUAAAGUGAAGGAUAUUGCACAAGAAUCUGGAUUUGAGCCUUCACAAGAAGAGACCAUUGAUGAUGUUUUUGCAAUUUUUACUCCACAGAGGUGUUAGUUUACAAAUGAUAUGUUGUAACCAAUACCAUUUGGAGAGCAUCAUACAAUAUAUUAGACAAAAUAGGUCAUUUGAAUAAUAAAAAAAAAAAACAUGACACAAGUAAAUCUACUAUGUUAGGUAAUACAUAUGAACACUGCAACAUGCCAACAAAAGGUCUCAAAAACAGAGCAUCCUCUUGCUUUUGAUUACUUCCAUCGUCCUCCAACCUUCCCCUUCCCAUGGCAUUUUUUGCUGUAGCAUAAAAAGAUGAGAACAGUGUUGUGUCCAAUAAAAUGUUGGCAUUUAAAGACAGUGUGCAUAGACAGACUCACAAUUUCUGAGCGUGCUGGAUUCGGUUCAGAAGGACGUUUAUCUGAAAAAAUAAGAAAUGCAAUAUAUUAUCCCUAUAGCAUGUCAUGAAUGAAAAAUUGUAAUGAAAAGGUGAACCUCAUAUUUCUGUCUCUUCAUUUUCUCUGUCAAGUCAAACUUCUCUGACUCCAGUUGGUAGAUCCGCUCCCACAUCUCUUUGGCUCUGGCUCUGAAAGGUCAAAGAGUUAAACGCUACAAAUAAAAAUGGGGCUAAAAUUAAUCAUAAGUUUUAAAUAUUAACAAAUAUUGCUCCAAUGAAUUGGGUA